CGCAGAAAGGAAACGAGUGGAGUUGUGUUGUUCGUCCUUUCAGAUUAGCCUCUCGGCGGUGCGAUCGAAGAAGUUUGUGACUUGAUGAUUUAGAGAGGCGAGGGGCUGGGUCGGGUCAUUCUCUCCCCCCCCCCCUUUUUUUUCCAAGAAAUACUACUCGCUCUUUUCUUGAAUUGGAAACGCGAUACGUAAUGGCGGCUCUCUGCUCACUGAGGUCGAUGUUCGCCGUCUUGUGCGGACUUCUCCUACUCUAUCCGGCAUCAGCGGGGGAUUACACGACGUGGAGUACUGGUCGGGCAACCUUUUAUGGCGCUCCCGAUGGCUCUGGGCUUGAUGGUGGUAAUUGCGGUUUUGGACCUUUAGCGAAUUCCUACGGUCGAUAUGUUGCUGCCAUCAGCAUUUCCCUGUACCAGAACGGAAAGGGUUGUGGUGGCUGCUACGAGGUGAAAUGUGUUGAUAGCCAGUGGUGCACGGGCAAAUCUGUAAUUAUCUCGGCAACGGACCAGUGCCCUGAUGGAGGGUAUUGUGAUAAUAACCAGGCGCAUUUCGACAUGAGCCACCCUGCUUUCGAGAUGAUUGCGCAGAAAAUCGCCGGUGUGAUCCCUGUUUCAUGGAGAAGAGUCCCUUGUGUGAGAACCGGCCCGAUCCAGUUCGUGAUCAACGGCAACCCAUUCUGGUUCACGAUUAUGCCGAAGAACGUCGCCGGCGCUGGAGACGUCAAGUCAGUCGAAGUGCAGAUUGGCGGCAGAUGGGUUCCGAUGAUUCAGCUUUGGGGCCAGAACUGGUUGUUGAGUGGUAUGGGACAGGUGAAUGGCGCUAUCUCGGUACGUGUCACCACCUUGCUCACCGGCGAGGUCAUUACGGUACCCAAUGUCAUUCCCAGUGGCUGGAAAUCUGGGACUCCCUACACCUCCGGGAUGGUGAACUUUGCAUGCUCGGCGGUGCAAACUGUGACGAAUACAGUCAGGAGAGUGCGCAAAACACAAUGGUUUGUCACCGCUACAAACUCCACUAGUUGAUCGCAUAUAUCGACAACAGACACACAGAGAGAGAGAGAGAGAGAGAGAGAGAGAGAGAGAGAGAGAGAGAGAGAGANAGAGAGAGAGAGAGAGAGAGAGAGAGAGAGAGAGAGAGAGAGAGAGAGAGAGAGAGAGAGAGAGAGAGAGAGAGAAUUGUAUAUCAGUCGAGAAGAAGCGCGACAUGGUCGUGUUGCCUGAUUGUUGCUGCUCCGAUUUUUCGACGCUAUGUAUGAGUGAUAAGAUUCGCUGAAGAAGUCGGAUUGGGCGGUGGAGCAGUUGUACACUAGUGCAGAGAAAACGAAAGGGGAGAGACGAUUUUGGUAGGUUGAAAUCUUCAAUGAAUUUUCUGACUGACUGGCUUGUUAGUAUGAUGUGAAUUCUGUAGUGUCGUGAGUAUAAGGGGUAGAGAACUGGGCAUCGCUGGCUCUGCCUCGGCGCGAUGUCGGCGACUUUGCCAAGAGGUAGCCAGACAGCAGCUGUCAUCAUUAGUGUGACUAAGUUUCUCUUGCGGGCUAUUUAUGAUCUCGUAUCUUUCGUUUGAGGGACAGAACUGCAAACUGCAAAUCGUUUUUGGAGGCGGUUGAGCGGAAGAGUGCCGGCAGAGACGCGAGGGAGAGAAAAAGAGGAAGAAGAGUUGGCUGGAAGAAGGAAGAAGAUAGAUUACGCUUGUCGUGGCCAUCUGUGGAAGAAGAGUGUUGUUUCGACUUCGUUCUAUUUGACGAUAUAUAUAUAGGUACAUAUAGUCUCUUAUUAUUACUCGUAGGGAGAAGAAGGAUCUGGUGUGUUCUAUUGGCAUCAACGGCGGAGAAGAAAGUGGAGGGUAGAUAAUAAAGUUAUCCUCUCUCUUUCCUCCUCAAGCGUCUUGUCACUGGGCACGGUCACUACAUAGCAUACAUAGAGCAGAAACGAGAGAAGCGUGGCCAGUCGCUAGACGUCCAAGGAUCCCAACCUACUCUUCAGUGAACAAGCUCGCACAUAUCAGCGCUGGUGAAUCUUCCUUGGACAAGCUCGCACAUAUCAGCGCUGGUGAAUCUUCAUUGAACAAGCGCGGACAUAUCAGCGGUGGUGUGUAUCGGAAGACACUAAGCAGUUCCCGAUGAUAAAAUACAGACCGUGGGUUGAGUUACACUAAGCAGCCUACGAGUUGUUGAGAGCUUGUUUGCGUCUUCAGAAAACGGUUAUGUGUCUGAGUAAUCAAGGGCCUGCCCGCGAAUUUGGGUUAUGUGUGCGUCUGGGUAAAACAGAGCUCAGGGACUUUUUUAUUCUCUCGACUUUUACUAGUGAAGACCGUGGGUUGAGUGCGCAAUAAGCGCGCCCUGUACGACAAAAGAGGUUGUUUUUGACCUUUUGACAAGUGCGGAAGGAGCGUAUAUAUGUGUCCUUGGACCUGGCGACGAUGUGUUCUCGUUAUUACAAAUUUGAAACUACGGAGAGAGUUUCUACUGAAAGAAAAAGCUUUGAAAGCAGAAGGAAAGUGACGAAAAGAUUGAGCUGCUGCGUUGAUUACUCCGAGGACACGAGAUCGAAACCCUGCAGAUAAUCUUUGCAAUCUUAUUGCGUCGCUGAUGGUUUUUUGGUCUUGCUGCUUCCGGAGGUGUUGCUGGGCGGGUUACCUCUUUGUCUUUGUAUCUGUGUAUAUUAGAUAUAGAGAGACGGAGAGAAAAGAGAGGCAGAGGAAGACGAAGAGAGAGAGAGAGAGAGAGAGAGAGAGAGAGAGAGAGAGAGAGAGAGAGAGAGAGAGAGAGAGACAGAUGCUCAGGGUGUGCCUUCUUGGUGUUUCGAGUGGUGCUACUGGGUCUUAUCUUUGAGUGCGUAUAUGUGUGUGUGUGUGUGUGUGAGAGAGAGAGAGAGAGAGAGAGAGAGAGAGAGAGAGAGAGAGAGAGAGAGAGAGAGAGAGAGAGGAGUAAUGGUCUCUCAAGGAGAGAGAUGUGUGGUGAUGUGGGUUCGUAACGAGGACGGUGUUUGUCUUCAGAGGCAUAAUGUCAAAGGCAUACUUUUUGACCACUUCAAAAAAAACAGAAAAAAAAAAACAGACGGAAACUGUUUUGGAACAUGGGAAAAUAUUCUAUUGCGCUUUCACUUUUCU